CUCUCCCUCUCUCUCUCUCUGACGUGUUGAGCAGAGCAGAGCUGUUCCUUGCCCUGUAGGCCUGCCUUCUUCCCCUUUCCCAUCUUCACUAGCUAGUCACCUCGUCUCCAUCUCCGUCCCCGCAUUCUCAUCUGCAUUGCAGCGUUGAAGCUUGCAUUGCAUUGCACAAAGAGAUUGGCGUUGGAGCUGGGUGAGCUCAAAAGAAGGGGAGCCCCAGGAAUAGCGUCGCUCUGUGUGUGUCACUCACUGUGCUCGGCGUUGCUAUUUUGGGACAGAGGCGGGGAGCCCGGCAGCGGGGGAGAGGGAGCCGGGUUCUCGGGCCGCCCCGUCGAUGGCGCCGUGGAGCGGCUUCUGGGGCGCCAGGGCCGUCCUCGCCGGCGGCGACGCCUACCGCGGCGGCGGCACGCCGGUCGUCGUCAAGAUGGAGAAUCCCAACUGGUCCAUCUCAGAGAUCGACGCCGACGACGAAGAUGGCUUCUUGGCCGGCUACGGCGCCGGCGGGCGGAGGAGGCGGAGGAGGGGCAAAAACGCCAAGCAGAUCACCUGGGUGCUACUCCUCAAGGCGCACCGCGCCGCGGGCUGCCUUGCGUGGCUCGCCUCCUCGGCCGUUGCGCUCGGAGGCGCCGCGCGGCGCCGCGUCGCGGCCGGCCGCACGGACGCCGAUGCCGCCGACGCUGAGGAGGAGGUGCCCGCGACCGCGCCAGCGCCCGCGCCGCCUCGGCGUUCCCGGCUCUACGCGUUCAUCCGGGCGCUCCUCCUGCUCUCCCUGUUCCUCCUCGCCGUCGAGCUCGCCGCCCACGCCAACGGCCGCCGCCUCGCCGCGCCCGCCGCCGUGGCCUUCGGCGCGCUCCACGCGGCGUGGGUGUGCUUCCGCGCCGCCUACGUCGCCCCGCCGCUCCAGCUCCUCGCCGACGCCUGCGUCGUGCUUUUCCUCGUCCAGAGCGCUGACCGCCUCGUCCAGAGCCUCGGCUGCUUCUACAUCCACCUCAAGCGCCUCAAGCCCAGGCCCGUCUCGCCGGCAUUGCCCGACGCGGAGGACCCCGACGCCGGCUACUACCCCAUGGUGCUCGUGCAGAUACCAAUGUGCAACGAGAAGGAGGUGUAUCAGCAGUCAAUUGCAGCGGUCUGCAAUUUGGAUUGGCCGAGGUCCAACAUCCUGGUGCAGGUGCUGGAUGACUCUGAUGACCCGAUCACACAGGCAUUGAUCAGAGAGGAGGUAGAGAAGUGGCAGCAGCAUGGUGCGCGCAUCGUGUACCACCACCGCGUGCUCAGGGAGGGCUACAAGGCCGGCAACCUCAAGUCGGCGAUGAGCUGCAGCUAUGUGAAGGACUAUGAGUAUGUGGCAAUCUUCGAUGCCGAUUUCCAGCCUUACCCUGACUUCUUGAAGCGCACCGUGCCGCAUUUCAAGGACAAUGAAGAAUUGGGGCUAGUGCAAGCGAGAUGGUCAUUUGUGAACAAGGAUGAGAACCUAUUAACGCGGUUGCAGAACAUUAACCUCUGUUUCCACUUUGAGGUGGAACAACAGGUGAACGGCAUGUUCAUCAACUUCUUUGGGUUCAAUGGCACAGCUGGGGUGUGGAGAAUCAAGGCUUUGGAGGAUUCAGGGGGCUGGAUGGAGCGGACGACGGUCGAAGACAUGGACAUCGCAGUUCGUGCGCAUCUAAAAGGCUGGAAGUUCGUCUUCCUGAAUGAUGUGGAGUGCCAAUGUGAGUUACCGGAGUCCUAUGAGGCUUACAGAAAGCAACAGCAUCGGUGGCAUUCAGGCCCAAUGCAGCUGUUUAGGCUGUGCUUGCCAGACAUCAUUAGAUGCAAGAUCGCCUUCUGGAAGAAGGCCAACCUGAUCUUCCUCUUCUUCCUGCUCCGCAAGCUCAUCCUGCCCUUCUACUCCUUCACGCUCUUCUGCAUCAUCCUGCCACUGACAAUGUUCGUCCCCGAAGCCGAGCUCCCGGACUGGGUGGUCUGCUACAUCCCCGCCCUGAUGUCCUUCCUCAAUAUCCUCCCAUCACCUCGAUCCUUCCCCUUCAUCAUUCCCUACCUCCUCUUCGAGAACACCAUGUCCGUGACCAAGUUCAACGCCAUGGUGUCCGGCCUGUUCCAGCUCGGCAGCGCCUACGAGUGGGUGGUGACCAAGAAAUCAGGCCGGUCCUCGGACGGCGACCUCGCCUUGCUGUCACCCAAGGACCACCGCGAGCAGCAGCAGCGGUCGUUGACAUCGCCAGUCGCCGCCGGAGCGAGGAAACAGCCGGCGGCGGCGCCUGUGGAGAAGAAGAAGAAGGAGAAGUACAACCGGAUUUACAAGAAGGAGCUGGCGCUGUCGCUGCUGCUGCUGACGGCCGCCGCCCGGAGCCUGCUGUCGAAGCAGGGGAUGCACUUCUACUUCCUGCUGUUCCAGGGCGUCUCGUUCCUGAUGGUCGGCCUCGACCUCAUCGGCGAGGACGUGAAAUAAAAAUCGAAUCGUAGGUGGCGUAGAGGGAGACGAUGGAUGGAUGAAUGGAUCAUGGAUGUAGAUGUAGGUUUGUUCAGGGUUUAGGAUCUAGGAACUGAAUACGUGCCGGCAUGGUGAGGAUUGGUCCUCUGAAUUCUCUUAGGAGCUGUAGAUAUAGCUCUCUGUCUCUCUCGAUCUCUGUUCUUGGCUUGUAAAUUCUCGUAGCUGUUGUUCAGAGGUUAGAAUCUCGAUUCUUUUGUAUGAAGCUGGUGAUGGUGCUCAGUCACAGUAGAUUUGGUAA